AUGCCGACAGCCGGCCAUCUCUUGCGGCUAAUUGCAUUCGUGGAUCGCCAAAAUAUCCCCGAGCAGCUCCUGAGAGAAUGUGGGGUUGAAGGGAUGGAUGAUCCUGUUGAAUUCCGUCGGGCUGUUGGGAAACUGUUGGGAUUCUCAUUAAUUACUGCCACCAAACACAAAGGCGAGACAUUUUAUGAGCUUCACCGUUUAAUCCAGCUAUCGGUACAGGUCUAUUCAUCACCGGAAGAGUUGCAGCGAUGGAGUGACAACGCACUAAGAAUAAUUUCCCGAAUGUUCCCACAAUAUGAGCACGAGCUGCGGGAUAUUUGCAAGUCAUACAUUCCACAUGCACUUGCGGUAACCAAAGGUAGAAUGGAUAUUCUUUCCGAAGAUCUUUGCUUCCGCAUGGCAGAAUACUUUCUCCAUUUGGGAUCCUACAACAAUGCAGAAGCACAGGUCGGUCGAUGUAUCAGAUUUCGCGAGGGGAAUAAGGAGCAAAGCUGGGAUAAAGGUCAUAGCAGAUUCACGCUCCUAGGACGAGUGAGGCAACACCAAGGGAGGGCAAAGGAGGCGGAGGAGAUACUUCGGAAUGUGCUGGAGGAUCUUGGGGGGUUAUUGGGCCCGAACGAUUCUGACGCCUUGGAGUGUUUAUCCUACCUAGCAAGUGUGAUGAGUGAUCUCGGAAAGUACGAUGAAUCAGAGACCAUGAACCGGCGUGCAUUGGAGGGACGGGAGAGGAUUCUUGGAGCAGGUCAUCUUGACACCCUCAUGAGUGUCAGCCACCUGGCUAUCGUGCUGUGGAGACAAGGAAAGUACAGUGUAUCGGAGGCGAUGAAUCGGCGCGCCCUGGAGGGCCGGGAGAAAGUGCUCGGACCAGAGCACCCGGACACCCUAACAAGUCUCAAC